GCGGGCCCAGCGGGUCAGGGUCGGAGCGUUGAGGAACUGGCUCCGGGCCAGGGUGGGAGGGACAACCCGGAAACGUGGGCUUCGUUCUGGUGGACCGUCAGCAGCAGGUUGAAGGCCUGGCCUCCAGCUCCGCGGCAGUUGUUCAUCCGGACCACGCUGUCCCCGACGGCCGAGGCCGGACGCGAGCCGCGGGCCCGCCGGGGACCGAGGCCGAGGGGAGGCGGGGCGCGUGCUCGGCCCGGAUUGGCUGUUCUGAACGGCGCGGGGCUUGGCGGGAGUUUCGUGGGCGCCGCGGCGGCCGAGAGCAGCCUGAUGGCUCCGCCGGGCCGGGUGCGGUCCCGGAGGCGUGCGGGUGCAGUGUAUUCACAGAACGCUUUAAGAGGAACACAUCCCAUGAAAGAAAAAGCUGGGCAGAAGCACAAGCCUGCUGAUGUGUUUGAGUUUCCUGAUAAUUCCGAAAUCUCAAGCAAUGGCAGUGAAAAUAAGAAAGACGAUGACCCUUACGAGACUUUUGAUCCUCCCCUACACAGCACUGCUAUAUAUGCAGAUGAAGAAGAACUCUCCCAACACUGUGGGUCCUCUGUCCCUUCAACUCCUGCAGGAAAAGCAACGCAAGAAAGCUUGAGCACUUCUGCCAAUGAGGCAAGUGAAAACGCGUCUGUGAGACUGAGAGCCAAAAAGCCAGGAAGAAGAUGUAAGCCCCUUAGCGAUGGCUCUGAAAGCUCGGGAGAAAGUGAGAUAAGAAGAAAAGUUCAGUCACCAGAGAGAAUCGGUGUGCCACGGUGUGACGCUGUUCCGGCCGGGGUGCCGUCGGGGCUUCCGGAGAGACGGGCGCGGUCAGAGAGGCCAGAGGCCGGAGGCAGCCGUGGCGGCGGUGCACCUGCGGACGGAGGGACCCCGGCCGUGAAAACCCAGAAAAAGGAGACUGUGUCUCAUGGCAAAAGGAAAAAAACAAGAAAUGCGGCUGGAGAUUCAGAUAUUUCUGACAGCGUGCAUAUUUGGUGUCUAGAAGGAAAAAAGAACAGUGACAUCAUGGAGUUGGAUAUUGUUUUGUCUGCAUUUGAGAAAGCAAUCCAGGAGCAUAAAGAAAGAAUAGAAUCUGAAAUUUGUAAAGAAGCCAUCAAUAAAUUUUAUUGCAAUAUUAAAGAAGAACUCAUCAAAAUGCUUAAAGAAGCCCAGAUGUUGAAAAAUCUGAAAAGGAAGAACACUAAGGUGAUUGCAAAUAUCAAGAAGAAAAGGCAGCGUUUGAUUGAAGUCCAGGAUGAACUGCUUCGGUUAGAGCCCCAGCUGAAGCAGCUACAAACAAAAUACGAGGAACUUCAGGAGAGAAAGUCCUCCCUGAGGAUGGCAGCAGACUUCUUAUCUAAUUUAAAACAGCUCUAUCACAAGUAUUCAGAUCUUCAAGAGAAAGAACCAGGCACCAAGGAAACGUAUGAUUCAUCCAGCCUCCCAGCUCUGUUAUUUAAAGCAAGGACCUUUUUGGGAGCUGAAAAUAAUUUGCAAACUAUCAACCACCAAUUGGAGAAUCUCCUGGACCAGGACUGAAAAGACAGCCCUUCU